CUUCUUCACCUGGCACUGGGCCCUCUCUCAGUCCUGACGUACACCUGUGACCAGCGGUUUACCCCCCCUUCUCCUUGGCACCAUGUCAGACUUUGAGAGCACAGCGAUAUCUACGGAGAGCAACACGAGCAGCAGCUCCGCCCCGGCAGCGGCAGCAGCGGCAGCCGGCGGUGGAAUUUCCAGCGGCACCGGUUCACUCCCAGGGGUAGCCAACAGCAGCAGCAGCAGCAGCAGCAGCAGCAGCACGCCCCUCACCGCGGAAGAAACAGCAGACGUCUUCAACGAGCAGCCGACGGGUGAAGUGCCCAGCGCCGAAGAAAUGGAGGACAGAAAAGACGCCACGUCGAGCUCCGACAACCUCCUCCCGACAGACAAAUUGGAGAACGGCCUGCGACAUGCGAAGAUGAUAUUCGCCACGGGCUGGGCUAGCGUGGCGGCGACGUACCGCGACUUGGAGAGGACGGAGACGGCCGAGAAGAUCAAGGAGGGCACGGUCAACCUCGUCGACCGCAGCAUGGACGGCCUCAGCAAGGUGGGGUGUAAGAUAUCGGAGACGACCGAAAAGGGGGUGCAAGUGGUCGGGGCCAAGAUGGAGGAGGCAGCCCCUACCCUCGGAAGGUGGCGAGACGAGGUGGUGAUCGCUAGCGAGAGAGGCUUUGCCGCCGCAAAAGAUAUGACGGACAAAGCGAUGGCAGAGAUUAAGAAGCCGGGUGGAAGCAACGGCGGCUCCGGGCCCGCGGCCGGGCGGAGCGGGGAGGGGGGCGACGACGGGCCGCACACCGUAUAAGAGAGAGCUCUCUGGAACCAUCAACUCUGUAUCUAAAAACAAACCCCGCAUUUUUCAAGGCGAAAUUUUGGUGUAGUUUCCUUGCAAACGGCUCCUGUGCCUUGGAGACGUAGUUCUAGCGUGGUCCCGCAGAAUGUAUCCGCUGCAUGGGGAUAUCCGUGUCCGGGAGGGGGGUACCGUGCCAUGUUUCGGCGCUAGGCAUGGUGGUGCUAUAUGCGACUGAGAUAUCCGACAGCUUCUCUGUCCGUUGUACCAUUUUAUUUAUAUUUCUAGUGUUUGUUGUUGGGUGCCCCCCCCUCGCCCCAACAAGCAGUGUUGUGCGUGACAUGCCCUUUUUGUACUAGUUUUGAAGCCGGAAUGAAUGCUGUCGUCGUUUGUUGCUCGUCUCCUCGCGAUUGAUUUUACAGACGUGCAUAGCCUUUGAAUGUUGUGCUUGGCACCCAACAGAGGGUAGAGCGGGGGUGAAAUCAUGGCUGUAAGAGGUUUCGGGGGAGGAUUGCGGCGUGGUCGUCGCUCGAGGUAUGCCCUCUUUAUCAUUCAAACAGCGAUCCGAUGGAAAACGGGCACAUGUUUGUUUUGGACAAACUUUGUUGAACCGCAUGCUGGCCUUUCCACGAUGUGCGGCCUUACACAUGACGUAUGUAGUGUGCAGAGGUCAGCGCUGCGAUGACUACUAGCCUCAAAUGGUUUGAGUUUUUUUGGCUUGUAAAGGUUUGAUUUGUGCGACAAGCAAUUCAUGCACAUAUGGACCGGCUAACUGACCCGAGUCGCCAAACGCGGUCUGUCGUCGUGGGAAUGAAAUGUGGUCUUCCCCAGACAACCUCUGAUGAGCGUGAUUAAAGUCUUCACAACCCAGAACGAAAACCCAACGACAUUAGCGGCUGCGAACAAACUGCGCGAGGUCACCGAUAGCUCAGGGGGGCGGGGUACAUACGGCGGGUUCCGCGGUAAAGACGAAUUGGUUCUCCCG